AUGGGCGAAGCUUCCGAUGAGAACAUGCAGCAGUUUUCGAUAUCUAGUGACUUCUUCCUGCAGUAUAUAGAUUGCACCCAGCUGGAGUCAGCAUUUACGCCCCUGCGCAAAAGCAACCGGUCCGCGCUGUGGCCACUGAUGGAGCGUAGAAUAAAGGCGCGCGAAAACACCGACCUUCAGGUGCACAUCGACGACAAUCUAAUUCACUGUCACCUGUUGCCGCUGCAGUGCUUCAGCGAAUACUUCGAACAGGAGGUGCGUCCGGGCCAGGCGGUGGUGGACCUUCCAGCUCAGCAGGUACCUUCGGCCGCAUUUCAAAUCGUGUACGAGUGGAUCUUGGACCCUAACCGACAGCUCGAGUGGGAACAUUUCGUUAGCGUACUGUCGGCCGCUGAGUUCCUCCGGAUCCCGGCGCUGGUCGAACGUUGCUGGCAACAUUUGGACAAUCCGAGGGUGGUUGAGAAUGUGGCAUUCUUCGUGUUUCUGCAGGCGCGAAAGUUUCGCAGCGUCCAGCUGCAACCGAUGAUGCUGCGCCGGAUCUGUCGAUUCUUCCUGAGCCUCGUUAGCACGCCCGAGUUUUGCGAGCUUUCGCUGGAGGAGCUAUCGGUGCUACUGGCGUCCAACAUUAUCGGGGUGUUUGACGAAACGGAUGUGUUGUACGCCGCCUGUCAAUGGUUGCUGUACGAUUGGAGCGCACGGCAGCAGGCGAUCGAGAGUGUGAUGAAGUUGGUACGCUUCGAACGGAUGCGGACAGGUGAUCUGGCCCGGUUCUGUGUCUUCCAGGAGUGUGCCGAACUGCAGCCAAUUCUGCGACAUUCGGCUACGAAGCAGCUUGUCGAUAGGGCACUUGCAUCGAUUUGCUCCCAUCAACAGGUCGCAGACACUCAAAACUCUGCAGCAGAUGGAAGCAGCUGGCUGAUAGCGCACCGUUUACCGACGGAACGUGUCCGACUGGUUCCGGACACUGCGGAAACGAUCGCAUUUGUUGCCGGUGACACGAGCUACGAUGGUUUCAUGGAGUUCCUGCACGUACUGUGCAACAAACCCAACACCUGGCAAACGUUCCGACUGUCCGAAGACAAUGUAAGCCUGCUGGAAGAUAUGUUUGGGGAAUGUACCGUAGCAGAUUAA